GCAAAAAUGUCAAUACUUGUUUUGUUGAACAUCGCGAUUUUGCCAAAUUUACCCUGAAAUACAAAGUUUCAAAGUAACAGCUGGAUAUUGGAUAGCUGUUUUUAUCCGUUUUCGGAUUUUAUGGCUGCAGCCGGUGUCCAACAGAAAAUGCAGCGAAAACCGGGGUAUCCAGUGGCCAAUUGCAACAUAAAAAUGCCAGACAGUGUGCCACUCUCAGAGGCUGUGCCCUGUGACGACGACACUGACCAGCAUCAGCGGAGGCAGCGGCUCAUCAACUUUGGUCAUGCACAGUGGGGCUUCAACAACUGGAGCUGGACUGUCAACAAACAGGAUUUGGAUUUUGUGGACUUUGCAAAUGGAAAGUACUGUUGUGGAGUAGCUGCGUUCGUGUGCGUGUCAGUCAAGUCGUUCGACAUACGCAGAGAAAACGUCGGCUACGCAACUUGCACCGCGCAUCUGAAAGGCUCCGCCAUACAUCAGGCUAGGAAGUGUGCAGUAACAAAUGCCCUACGCGAGACGCUGCUCAGCUUCGGCGGCAGCGUGGCCACGGAGCUGAUGGAGAUGCUCGAGGCGCACCGAGCCGAGCCUGUACCCGUACCCGUGCCUGUAGCUCUACCACUACUACCUGAACAGCCCGAGAACAACCAGAACCUCGCCAACAAGGACCCCAAGAUCUCCCCGCUGCCUAAAAACAUCCCCAGAAAAGAAGAUGUAAACCCGGUUAACAUGAGGCAUCCUCUCCCGCCUGCGAUUAAGAAUGUAGUCCAAAAUCCUCCGCUGCCAGUCGCUAAGGCGCUCCCGAUGCCAGUCAAUCUGCCACCCGCUGCCAACAGACCACCAGUACCCGUUGCCCAGAGACCAUCAGCGCCACGACCCAACUCUAAUGUAAGUUUCGUGCUCCAACCUGUCAUGGGAGCAGUCCCGCCUCUAUACGCGCCCCAACCGCGAAUGCCACACGUGACCCCUCAGCACAUCUACCCCAACUACUACGACUACGGCCCCUGGCAUUUCACCUAUGAAUCCUACGAUCGACACCACGGUAAUGUUAACCUAAAUUUCAAUAUCCCGCCGAAGAACUUGGUGGUCAACAGCCGGUCGGGGUCCGUCGAAUGUAAGAAUGCUUGUGGAGUCCGCCCGAAUGGUCCUGAAGGCGAACCUAUCCAGUACCAUCCUCCUCCAAACCAGGGGUGCUGGAUUAAGCCCACUAUUUUCUAUGAUGGGUUCUGGACGGAGCAGAAAGUCAAAAAGUGGGUAGCGGAACAGGUUGAGAAACAGUUUCCGGAGGAUGCAUCGCAGAAGUCCUCUUCGCCUAGUAAUAGUGGUCAGCCGGACCCUAAGUCUUAACCGCUGAAAUCUUAUGAAAGAUAUCUUUUAAGUAUAUUUCUUAUUAACCGGUUUUCAAGUUGAAAAUUAAUGUUUUGGUGUCUAUGGGAAGCACAUACUAUACUA